UCCGCCAUAAAAGGAAGAAAAAAAAAAGCUUCGCUCUUUUCACAAAACCCUAAAGAAACAAAACAAACCCAUCAUGAAAACGAUCUCAAUCUUCUUCUUCAUCAUCUUAAUCUCAUCUUCUUACGCCGAAGACGACGUACUCUGUCUCAAAGGCUUAAAAUCUUCACUCAAAGAUCCUUCAAAUCAACUCAACACUUGGUCUUUCCCUAACUCAUCAUCAUCAUCUUCGAUUUGCAAACUCACCGGAGUUUCUUGCUGGAACGCUCAAGAGAAUCGGAUUCUCUCUCUUCAGCUUCCAUCAAUGCAACUCUCUGGUCAAAUUCCUGAAUCUCUUAAGUUAUGUCGGAGUUUACAAUCUUUAGAUCUUUCCGGUAACGAUUUCUCCGGUUUGAUUCCUUCACAAAUCUGUUCUUGGCUUCCUUAUCUUGUUAGUUUAGAUCUCUCCGGUAACAAACUCUCCGGUUCGAUACCGUCGCAGAUCGUUGACUGUAAAUUCUUAAACAGUUUAGCUCUAAACAAAAACAAGUUAACCGGUUCGAUUCCUUCUGAAUUAACCGGUUUAAACCGUCUCCGGCGACUUUCUCUAGCUGAUAACGAUCUCUCUGGUUCGAUUCCUUCUGAGCUAUCUCAUUUUGGAGAAGACGGUUUUCGCGGUAAUGGCGGACUUUGCGGUAAGCCAUUACAGAAUUGCGGUUCGUUGAACGGUAGAAACUUAACGAUCAUUGUAAUUGCUGGAGUUAUUGGGGCUGUUGGGUCGUUGGGUGUUGGAUUUGGGAUGUUUUGGUGGUUUUUUAUCAGAGACCGGAGGAAGAAGAGUGGUUACGGUUACGGUUAUGGCGCCGGAAAAUCUAGGGAUGAUAGUGAUUGGAUUGGUUUGUUGAGAUCACAUAAGCUUGUUCAGGUUACUCUGUUUCAGAAACCAAUUGUGAAGAUUAAGUUGGCUGAUCUAAUUGUAGCUACGAACAAUUUCGAUUCCGAGAAUAUCGUUGUUUCGUCGAGAACUGGGGUUUCUUACAAAGCUGAUUUACCUGAUGGGUCUACAUUAGAGGUUAAGAGGCUUAGUAGUGGUUGUGAGCUUAGUGAGAAACAGUUCAGGUCUGAGAUUAACAAGUUAGGUCAGAUCAGGCAUCCGAAUUUGGUUCCGCUUCUCGGGUUUUGCGCUGUGGAAGACGAGAUAUUGUUGGUGUACAAGCAUAUGGCUAAUGGGACAUUGUAUUCUCAGCUGCAGCAUUGGGAUAUUGAUUGGCCAACUCGGGUUAGAAUCGCUGUUGGAGCGGCUAGAGGGCUAGCUUGGUUGCACUAUGGAUGUCAACCGUUGUAUAUGCAUCAAUACAUUAGCUCAAAUGUGAUUCUUCUUGACGAAGAUUUCGAUGCUCGUGUUAUUGAUUACGGUUUGGGGAAGCUAGUGAGUUCUCGGGAUUCUAAAGAUAGCUCGUUUAGUAACGGCGAGUUAGGGGAGUUUGGUUACGUUGCGCCUGAGUAUUCGAGCACUAUGGUUUCGUCUUUGAGUGGAGAUGUGUAUGGGUUCGGGAUUGUGCUUCUUGAAAUUGUUACGGGACAAAAGCCUGUUUCGAUUAACAACGGUGAAGAAGGGUUUAAGGAGAGUUUAGUGGAGUGGGUGAGUAAUCAUUUGAGUAAUGGUAGAAGCAAAGAUGCAAUUGAUAGAAGCAUUUGUGGUAAAGGAUAUGAUGAUGAGAUCAUGCAAGUUUUGAGAACUGCGUGUAGCUGCGUUGUAUCGAGGCCUAAAGAAAGACCGUUGAUGAUCCAAGUUUAUGAAUCUUUGAAGAAUUUGGGAGAUCAACAUGGUUUCUUCUCUGAGUAUAGCGAUGAGUUUCCACUCAUCUUUAACAAACAAGAACACUUAAAAUGAAUGAGAAGGUUUUCUUACUUUCUUACUCCAAUUCGUUACCACUUAUUUAUCUACCGUUCUCACUUUUAACCGCGCUUUUUUGUUUUUCUGUUUCUUUUUUCGUGUGCUGUAUAAUUCUGUACAUCAUGUGAUGCAUUGUGGUACUCUAAGAGUGUUGUAACAUUAACAUAACAUCUGAUGAAAAUGACAAGAAUUGUUUUGUAUAGAUCAAACUUUGAAGAUUGUGAUCCAAAAAGUUUAUCAAGUGAUUCUUUGAGCUUGCUAGUUGUAGAUUAUUGGUGUUGAACGAUUUGAAAUUCGAUUUC